CAUUUCUAGAAGUGCAAGUCAGAUUUACGGAGAUUUCAAUUAAAAAAAAAAGCAAAUAACAAUUCACCAAAAUGUCGGGCAAAUUCAAAAUAUCUGAAUAUUUUUCAAAAUACGUUCGCUACAUGAGGGGUCCGUUCAAGCAUCGGAAGAUGCCGUUAAAGUUGAUUAAAGGAAUCAAAAAGAAAGUACCUCUUAAACGUUACUUAAACAAUUUAUUGGGUAACGCAAAGAAAGUGAUGCUUUUAUGCCAGGAUGGUCUAAUUCGGCAGAAGAGCAGCAUUAGCUUUCGCGAAGAGUCCGCCACACCGGAACCGCCGAGUCGCGACGAGCUCGAACCGAACAUGACGGAUCCGCAGCAGGACCCAAUUCCAUCGAACACUUCGAACACAUCGAACACAUCGAACACAUCGAUCACAUCGAACAUGUGGCCUGAACUCUGGGUAUAUGACGAUAAGAUGAGUCAUUGUAAGCGAUGCGGCAAAAUCUCUAACAAACGCAGUUAUCGGGGCCUAAGCGUGUGCGAGUGCUGGUGCACCAGCUUGUUCGAUUCCAAGCCGCCCUCUCAGAAAACCGAAUAUAUCGAUCUCUUUCAUCCCUGCGCCGAGGAAAACUUCUAUCGUCUGUUCCUGGGGGAGAGCACGCUCCCGAUACUCGAGAACCACAUGGUAUCACAUACAAAAUUGACACCCAAUAGGCGCAGCGUUCUCGUCAACUGGGUCCAUGCUGUACACUCCAAACUGCUCUUGUGUGACGGGGUCUUUGAGAUGGCCAUCGGCAUUAUCGAUCGCUAUCUGCAGUGGGUCAAGGAAAUUCUGCCCUCGGAUCUCAAUCUGAUGGGCCUCAGUGCCCUGAUCUUGGCCAGCAAGUAUGAGAAUCCACGGACAUACAAUCAAUGGUUUUUGAAGCACACGGACGAAGGCUUCACGGACGAAAUGAUUAGUGACAUGGAGUUGAAGAUUUUGCUGGCAUUCAAGGGUGAUAUAUCGCGUCCGGUGCCGAGCCAAUUUUUGCAGCGCUUGUGUAAUGCCACGGAGGACUUUGGUAUGAAAUGCCAACAACUGGCGCAUUACUAUGUGCAACUGGCGUUGAUGGACACCGAAUUGGCCAGCGUCAAGCCAUCGCAGAUAGCCGCUGCUGCGCUCUUCAUCGCGCUCAACCUGUCCGACGGCACCCCCGACGGUGGCCUCGACGAAAGUCUCUGGACACGCCAGCUCGCCGAUUGCUCCCGUUACACGUCUCUCCAACUGAGAGCCACCGUCCUGCGCAUGGCUCAGCUGCCGCUCAAGGCCGAACAGGAGGAGCUGUUGUCCAUCCGCAAGAAAUUCAAGUAUAUUUCUGUUUCGGUCGGACCCCGUCUGGAAUCGAUCCUGAACAUUCGUGAUUAAUAAUCCACACACUCCAUGAUGCUGCCAAGGAUGAACAACAAAAACCACAUUCUAGUCAAAUGCACCAAAGGGAAGAACGGAACACACACACCUUCAUGCAUACACCACAGAUAUACACUGACA